UGCUAGGUCUAAAUGGGUGGCAGGCCCAGCUUGGGGAACAGUGACAUCGGCUUCACGCGAGCUAGGGUUGCUUGGUCUCUCCCGAUCAUGUGUGACUUCGGCUUUUAUGUAUGCUCUAUGCAGAGGCUAAAACUGAGGAAGAGAUAGACAGGGAGACAGAGACAGAAUUAUUCGGCUCCAAAAUAUCUCUUGGGCAGUUGGGCGUAGUUAACCACAGAUGCCGACUCUCUGGAAGCUCUAUACAAUGCAAGAAGCCUCCCAACACAACUCCAAAGAAGACUGUUGGGUCGUCAUCGAUGGCAAGGUAUAUGAUGUAUCAUCUUAUUUGGAUGAGCACCCUGGUGGGGAUGAUGUAGUCCUUGCAGCAACUGGGAAAGAUGCAACGGACGAUUUUGAAGAUGCUGGGCAUAGCGAAAGUGCAAAGGAGCUCAUGGAGACCUUUUGCAUAGGUGAGCUUGACACAUCCUCCCCGGUCAUUCCAGAACUUGAAAUUUCUUCCAAGAAGCAAACAGAUUAUGCUCAGAAGCUCGUGGAAUUGACAAAGCAAUAUUGGGUUGUUCCUGUAGCCGUUGUCGGUAUCUCUGUGGUGCUUGGUUUCUUGUACUUGCGUAAGAAGUAAUGCAACAGAGUCGUUCACUUCCUGGGUGCUGAAAGAAAUUGUCACACAAGUUUUGAAUAAUUAUGAUAGCAAUGAAAAGAACUGUCCAAUCGUUGUUUACCUUCAAAUAUUGGAAUGGAAACAUGAGUUUUAGAUUGGCAUACUGAUUCGGAAUGAUCGAUUGAUGCGCAUAUUUUGUUUCCUAUAAUCGUGAAUAUUGUUUUUGGAAUUCCAUUCGAAAUGAAAAAAAAAAAGAUAAGGUCUGGGUUUGAAUGU